AUGAGCCCCACGAUUGAAAAUAAGCCCCCUGUCAUUUGUGUCUUUUGCGGCGCCAAACCUGGCAAUAAUCCCGCCUAUUUGGAGGCAGCUCGUGCCUUUGGCCAUGAGCUCCAUAAAAACAAUGCGACGCUUGUGUAUGGCGGUGGCACAAGCGGUCUCAUGGGCGAGGUGUCUCGGACCCUAGUAUCUCUAUCCGGUCCUCACGCGGUUCACGGCAUUAUUCCUGAGGCAUUGGUGAAGGUUGAGAGCGGGCAUAAAGCAAUCUUGGAGUCUGAAGAUGGUGUCGAGAGUGAAGAAUUCGUAGGCAAGGCACCGGAGCGCAUUGUCCCUGUCAAUUCUUCAACAGAGAAAGUCAACUCCGAAUAUGGCUUAACUACCAUUGUUUCAGACAUGCAUACUCGAAAGAGAAUGAUGGCCGACAAAGUCAUCGCCGGUGGCCCCGGUUCGGGCUUUGUGGUGCUUCCGGGGGGGUUUGGGACGCUUGAAGAAGCAAUGGAAAUGAUCACCUGGAAUCAACUUGGUAUCCACAGUGUUGGCAUCGUUUUAUUGAAUAUUGACGGAUACUGGGACGGAAUCUUGGAUUGGCUCAAGGAAAGCGUGAAGGAAACAUUUGUUACCCAGGAAAAUAGUAAGAUUAUGGUCGAAUGUAAGGAUGUGAAGGGUGUUUUGGGGGCGCUCAGAGAGUACAGAGUGAGCGAAGAGCGAUAUAAUCUCCAGUGGGGAAAGAAGCCAUAG